AUGACCCUGGCAACGAAAGAGGUGAUUGCAAGAAAAGAACGGACGGCGUCAGCCAACAAGUAUCCGCCCUCGACAACUAUGACUAGGCCAUCUCUUCAAACGAGAGGGAGAUCUACGAGCAUAUCAAUGCCAGGAAAGCCAAAGGAGCUCGAGAGAAGGCCAACGGGGAUUGCAUAUGCUAGAACUUCGGCCACCAAUCUUGCUGGGCCAGUGGUAUCGAAGCCGCCUAACCCUUCGAGGUCGAGAGACCCAAUUCGACGACCUGCAACGCCUACAGCGCCAGUGGGUGCACCUGGAACGGCACGGAGACUUUCUAAGCCUUCCUCUGCUGGAACGCUGCUCUCACAGGACCAAGCAUCGCUAAAGCCUCGGACUUCAACUUCUUCUCUACAGCGGCCAGGCUCGCCAGCUAAAUCAUUGGCACCUAAAUUGUCCACGUCACAUUUGGCUCCACCGUCACCUUCCAAGUUGCCAUCAAAUAUCGCUGCGUCAGCCGAGGUCAGUAAACUUCAGGCAGAGUUACUGCAGCUGUAUCUAUUGCACCGGGAAGCUCCAGUCGUAGAAGCCGAAUGGAGAGCGAGUGCCAAGCAAAAGUUGGGAGAUCGUUUCGCAAAGCUGAGUGAAGAGAGCAGAGAUGUCUCCGAACAGGAGAGCGCAGCGCAAGAGAAGAAGAAUGUGCUGGCGCUCAGAAGAUGGGGUAGUGGCGGUAGACUGGAUGAAAAGAUACAAUCAUUAGAAUCCAUCAUCACAAAUGUCUGGUCGCUGAGUGACCCAAGCGGUCGAUACGCCAAUCUGGUGCGGCACUUUGAGAAAUGGAUCGGCGGAGUGAGUGACAUGGAGGAGGCGAGAAGAAACGGCGCCAUGCUCGCCCAAGGAAACAAUGAUCUGUUCAUCGAGGACUUGGAUGCCCAAUGGAAAGAGGAGCGUCAAGAGCUCAUCAACCAACUUGACGGGUGGAAGCAGCAGCUCAGUGACAUUGACGAUCUGACCCUGGAUGAAUUCUACGCAGAGCCGCCAGAUGAAGACGAGAAGUCCAGCUUGGAGAAGAUGCUGGACGGGUCGCGCGCCUUGAUUAACAAUAUGUUGGCGGAGCUGAGAAUCAUGGAGGUGGUCGAGCAUGAGGCGCUUUUGCGAGAAGACGAGUGGAUUGGGAGGAUGAAUCGGAUUGGUGCGGACGACGACUUUGAGAUUCCGCGUGCGGGAGGCGCCUGGAAAGAGAUAUAA